AUGUGGAAGCUGCUGAGUCCUCUGCUUCUGCUGUGUUUGCUUCCAGCUGUGGCUCCCCUCUUCUGUUACACCUGUGUGUUCCCGACCAUCUCGCCUCUGGACUGCAUCAGAUUCCCUCUGAAGUGUCCACCAGGGCAGCUCUGCCUGUCCAGCAGAGCCGUGGGCCUGAAAGGAGACUUCCGUGUGGUGUUGUAUGAGAAGAGCUGUGUGCUGCCCGCCCUCUGUGGACUCACUGGUGAAAAAUACACCAUGGGGAUCAACUUCACCUUCACCAAUGAAUGCUGCAACACCCACCUGUGUAACAGAGCUGCUGCUCCCUAUUGGACAGGCACGUUCCUCACACUGCUCACCAUACACUCAGUCUGGUGAACAGAGAAGCAGUAAGGAUCCCAUGCUGUGGUGCUUUAAAGUACACAAUGAAAGUCUCACAUGUCCCCAGAAUGUGUUUUGUAAAUUUUCAGCUCAAAAUACAACAAAGAUGGUGAAUUUCACCAUGACUGUGUAGCUCCUAGUUUUGGUCUUGUUCUAAAGGGGCUGAUUCAGUGUCUGUAGCUUCAAAAGCAGCUGAGGUGCUGCUGGCCCCGCCCCCUUCAGGAAGAAGACUAUCUCUGUCUGUGAUUGACAGUAUAGCUAAAAACAAAGUACUAACAACCAAAAAAAGUAAAACAAACAAAAUGUGCCUGCAAAUUAUGUGCAACAACGAAUGCUUGUGAUGUGAUGCAAAACAACCACAAACAGUUGUAAAGUAGCAGAAAUUAUCAUUCAAAAUGCCCACAAAAUGAUACAAAUAGUUGGAAAACUACCUAAAUGUCAUGCAAAAUGACCAAAAAGGGUUAGAAUAUGCCUACAGAAAGUUGUAAAAUGACUGAAACGUGGUGCACUACAAUCUCAAAUAGAUGUAAAGUGUCCAAAUGGAAAACAACAAUCAAAAGUUACAAAAUGAUCACAAAGAUUUAUAGAACUACCAAAUUUUGAUGCUAAACACCCACUGAUACAUACAACACAACCACUAAAAAUGUAAAAGAAAAAUGUGGUAAAGCAAGCCCACAAAAUUAUGGUAAAACAACAAAAACAAACCAUGAAAACUUGGAAAAUGACCAAAAUGUGACAUAAAACCACUACAAAGAGCUACAAAAGCAAUCCAAAAAAUUAAUACUCCAAAAAUGUGAAGUACUACAACCUCAAAAAGAUGUUAAAUAAUCAAACUGUGAGGCAACAGACAUAAAGAUUAGAAAAUGACAAGAAAAAGUGGGAGGAACAUGAUUUAUUCCUGUUGCAUUUGUGACCUGGCUGGAUAAGAAGUGCUACCUGGGCCAAACGUUUCUUUGAUCAUGUAAAGUUUAUGUGUUUGCAUUGUUUGAAAGUCAGCUGACGAUGAUAUGAAAUUGCUCUUAAACCGACAAGUCACAAGAAAUAAA